GCGGAUGUUGCGGCCGGGCCUGACAGGACUGGAGCCGCCCAGGGCAGCGGUGCCGCCAUGGCCUCCAGCUUCAAGAAGCCCUCCCUGGGAUCCACAUCUCAGAGGAAGAAAACAAAUCCCAAGCUGGAGCUGACUGAGGAGCAGAAGCAGGAGAUCCGGGAGGCUUUUGACCUCUUUGACACGGAUGGCACUGGGAGCAUUGAUGUCAAGGAGCUCAAAGUGACCAUGAGAGCACUUGGGUUUGAGCCUAAGAAAGAAGAGAUCAAGAAAAUGAUAUCUGACAUUGAUAAGGAAGGAACAGGAAAAAUCAGCUUCAGUGACUUCCUGGUAGUGAUGACUCAGAAGAUGGCUGAAAAAGAUUCCAAAGAGGAAAUCCUCAAAGCUUUCAAGCUCUUUGAUGAUGAUGAAACUGGCAAAAUCUCUUUCAAAAACCUCAAACGUGUUGCCAAAGAGCUGGGGGAGAACCUGACAGAUGAGGAGCUGCAGGAGAUGAUUGAUGAAGCAGACAGAGAUGGGGAUGGGGAAGUCAACGAGCAGGAGUUCUUGAGGAUCAUGAAGAAAACCAGCCUGUACUGACCAUCUUCUCUUGUUCUUGCACUUGUGCACACACCUUUGGCACGUGCCUCACUUUCUUACAUCUUUUCUUUUGAGACAGCAGAAAAUAUUAGGUCAGUAUUUUUGGUUUGUUUGUUUUUAAGUGGAUGAUCUUGUGUUUGUGAGCAGUUCCCAACUGCUGACCUGUUUACACGUGGCAACCCGGUUGCUUCUUUGUACUCCUGAGAUGUUUUAUGCUCUUUGGGUAAAAAAAAAAAAAUCACACUUCUCAGUGAGAGUGUUUGGAUCCUUCUCUGGCUAAAAACUGGGUCAGAUUAUUCUGGUUUGGUAAAGAGGGGACUUGGAACCAGAGAGGUAAAUCCAUGUUUUCCAGCAGUUCUUGGCUUAAUGUCUUGGUUUGGGCACAGUUAUGCUGAACUCUUUCUAUGAUGUAUUUGUGGGGAUCAGUUUUUAUACUCUGUGUUACAGUGUUUGUCCCCUCCCACUUUUUUAAUGUGUUCUUUAAAUUAACUUUAAAAAGUGAGCAAAUAGACUGCUGCAGCUGAACUCACUGCUCUUGGCUUCACAUGCUUCAGGCUUUCCAAAGAAGAAAAAAAAGUCACCAGUGCUGGUGCUGAAGGCACUUGAUGUUUGCAGGAAUGCUCAGUGGCUGCCCACACAAGCUUAUAUUUAAAAUAAAGUUUCUUAUAUUAAGCCAUCA